CGUGCCUUAGGAAAAAUGUGGGGAGUGGCUUCUUUAGUUUUGUUCUAUUCAAUACCUGUUCUUCUGGCAGAUGAACACUGGUGGCAACACGCCAACUUUUAUCAGAUAUACCCACGGUCAUUCAAAGAUAGCGAUGGCGAUGGGGUUGGAGAUUUGCGUGGUGUGAUGGAGAAAGUUCCCUACUUGCGACAUGAGCUAGGUAUCGAUGCAAUAUGGCUAUCUCCGAUUUUUAAAUCUCCGAUGGCCGAUUUUGGAUACGACAUAUCAGAUUUUCGUGAUAUUCAUUCUGAGUUCGGUUCCAUUGAGGAUUUGGAGGCAUUGGCUCGAACGUGUGAAACAGAAGGGCUGAAGCUCAUCUUGGAUUUUGUUCCCAAUCAUAGUAGUGACGAAAGUGCAUGGUUCAUAAAUUCUGUCAAGAAGGAUCCCAUCUAUAGUGAUUAUUACGUUUGGCAUCCGGGAAAGUUGCUAGCCAACGGCACACGUGUUCCCCCAUCGAACUGGGUUAGUGUGUUUAGAGGGUCGGCCUGGGAGUGGAAUGACGUUCGAAAAGAGUACUACUUACAUCAAUUCUUAGUGAAACAACCCGACCUUAACUAUCGAAACCCAGCGUUGGUGCAGGAAAUGAAAGAUGUUCUUAAGUUUUGGCUAGAGAAAGGCGUUCAUGGAUUCCGCAUUGAUGCCGUGCCUUAUUUAUUUGAAUCUACUCCUAUGAAUGGCAUAUAUCCGGACGAAGUGAAGAGUGGGGAAACCGAUGAUCCGGAUAAUCCCGCAUACGUUAUCCAUACGCAUACUCAAAAUUUAAAUGAAACCUUCGACAUGAUGUACCAGUGGAGAAAGGUGGUAGAUGACUUUAAGCAACAGCAUGCAACUGACGAUAUCGUGCUAAUGGCAGAAGCGUACACACCUUUGCUCAACAUUAUACGGCUUUUUGGAAACGAUUCGACAGAUGGAGCACAUGUGCCGUUCAAUUUUGAAGUUUUGAGCAACACAUUUAAGGACACAACCGGAAAACAAUUCCAUGAUAACAUUAAACGAUGGCUCGAUGUUGUCCCCUCAAACCGUGUUUCAAACUGGGUGCUUGGCAAUCACGAUAAUAAACGAGUUGCAACUCGUUUGGGAAUCGCGCGAUCGGAUUUAUAUCAAAUCGCUUUAAACGUGCUGCCUGGGAUUGCUGUCACAUACAACGGAGAUGAACUAGCCAUGGAGGACGUGUACAUCUCGUGGAAAGACACCAUUGAUCCUGCAGCAUGUAAUUCUAAUCCCAAGGACUAUUUGCUAUACUCUCGUGAUCCAGUGCGUACGCCAUUCCAAUGGGACGAUUCUAUUAGUGCGGGAUUUUCAACAAACCGUACCACAUGGCUACCCGUAGCAUCGAAUUACAAAACAUUAAACUACAAAGCGCAGAAAGCAGCGCCACGUUCUCACGUUAAAAUAUUUAAAGCUCUCGUGCGUCUGCGUAAGCAACGAACGUUGCGUGAAGGAUCUAUCGAUAUGCAAUUGAUCGGUGAAAACAUAAUUGUAAUCAAACGGCAUCUCGAAUCCGUAAGCACAAUUGUGGCCGUUUUGAACUUUAACAAAACAACAGAAACAAUCAAAUUAUCAUCCGUGUUCGAUGGACUACCGGCAACGUUUGAAAUCAUCACAUCUUCAUUGCAAACCAGUUAUAUAGAUGGCACUGUUGUGGCCAGAGAUGAAAUUGUUUUACCCGCGGAUGCAGCUAUAGUGUUAGAAGGCAAUAUUGCGAAUGGUGCUUAAAUAUACUUUACUUGCAAGUUACUGAAAUCGCUACAUAAUUGAUUAUGCAUUUUAUUUAAAAAGGGAGCAAUAUUAAAUCAAAACUUAAACAAUAAACAUCAAUGAAUAAAA